UUUUGGUAUAUUUCUGAGGGUCAGACGGUAUAUUUGUUGGAUAACUCCGGUGCCACACUGCGUACGACGCCAGGUAUUCGGCGGGAAAAUUGACAUAUGGCACCCGAAGCGAACGACAUGUCGGAAGCAGCCGUGCGACGGUACUGCGGCAUGGGCAACCAUUUGCUCAGGAAGCCCAACACCAUAAUAAGGGAGACAAAAAUGCUUCGCUUUGCACGCUACAUAAACCCAGAACUGCGAGUCGAUACACCAAUCUGCUUGGAUUGCUUCAAGAUCCUAGAAAGGCUCUACAGGUCCAAAGUAAGUCAUGCUCUGAGGCACAAAAAGAAGAAUCAGGCCGAGAGCAUAUCGGACGUGAGCUCCAGCCAGCGACAGGACCUGACCUCCUUUUUGGACCCAAGCUCAACGACGUCCAUCCCGACCAUACGCAGGCGGGUGACGACCUCAGCGUCGGCAUCUAGCUCUAGCGAGAACAACAUGCCCACAACAAGCGCAGCGGCUGCGGAAAAACGCAAGCGACCCAAUCCGCCGCCAGCUGCUCAGAACACCUCAAUUGUGAGCGAUGACGAUGAUCCAAAUUCUAAUCUGAGUCUGAAUGCGGUCAAUGGGACUCGGUUGCCACACAUUCAGCCGAUCCCCAAACGGCGCCAGACGGUUCAUCUGAACAAGACGGCCAUGGAAAUCUACCUGGCAGGGACCACGGGCGGAUAAGAUGGCUAUCCUCACUAACUUACUCAUUCAUACUCUCAUGCAAUUCAUUUAUUUAGAAAACACCUACCAUCCGUAAACCAAUCGACAAAGUGCUGUACAAACAUAAAUUAUUGCUAUCUGUUGUUAUUUGGCUCUCACCUUACGGCCACCGAAUAGUCGGUAGAGCUGCGCGUUAUAGUUUAAAAGUUUGGAAUUGAAUAAGUAAAAAUUUUCGAAUCCCAACAGCCAGCUUUAAUGUUUUCGUAAAUUGUUGCCAAGUGUACUUUAUUUAACAUUAGCCUGUGAACUUUAAGGCGUGUAUCGAACUAAAAUAAAACUAAAACUAGAAGGAAA